AUGUUAUAUACCUUCACACUGUCGCAAAUAAUGGACGUUGUGAUGAACGUCGAUAAUGCUAAUGACUUCACUAAUAAUUUGAAUAUGAUGUUGAACAUGUCGGCUUCGUGUUAUAAAAUUUUUAUCGCCUGGUUGAGUUACAAAAAUAUUGCCACAUUAAUUAAUUGUCUUACUGAAGAACCAUUUAAACCGUUGGAUUCGGGUGAAAUGGAAAUUCGACGACAAUAUGAUAAAACGAUACGAUUUGCGCGGAUGGUGAAUAAAAGUUUCACGCAAAUAAUCGGAUUCCAGUUUAUGGCAAGUACAAUGGUAACAUGUUCCAAUUUGUAUCAACUGACAAAGUCAACUUUGAACGCAGAUCAUUUUUCACUAAUUAUGUACACAACUUGCAUGCUAACGCAAAUAUUUAUUUAUUGCUGGUUUGGAAACAAAGUCAAAUUAAAGAGUCUGCAACUAACGGAUAGUAUUUUUCAAAUGGAAUGGCCAUUUGUAGAAAAUAGUACUAAAAAAGGCAUCUUAAUAAUUAUGAAGCGUGCAAUAAUACCUGUUGAAAUUUCUACUAUAUACAUUUUGACCAUAAAUUUGGAUUCUUUCGUAACGUUGCUUAAAACAUCAUACUCUGUUUAUAAUGUAUUGGUACAAGUGCAUGAAUACAUGUUAUAUUUUUUCUCAAUGUGGCAAUUUAUGGACAUUGUUCUAAACGUUGAUAAUCCUGAUGAUUUCACUGAUAAUUUAAAUAUGAUGUUAACUUCGUCUGCUUCAUGCUAUAAGUUGUUUAUCGUGUGGAUAAAUUAUGAGAAGAUUGCAGCGUUAAUCAAUUGUCUUACUGAAGAGCCAUUCAAACCAUUAAAUUCGGAUGAGAUGAAAAUUCGACGGCAAUACGAUAAAAUAAUUCGGAACAACACGUUACGUUAUUCGAGUUUGAUCGGAACAACUGUUUCGUUCAUCGCCUUGUUGUCGUUAUUCACUGAUUUCAGACACAAAAGAUUAACAUAUAGAGAAUGGGUACCAUAUAAUUACUCAUCUUACAUGACUUAUUGUUUAACGUAUGCUCAGCAAAUGAUAAGUACCUUUCACACUGCUAGUGUGAAUGUCGCUUGCGAUGCCCUCCUAUGUGGACUCUUAAUGCACAUAUGUUGCCAAAUCGAGAUCUUGGAAUAUCGUUUGAGUAAUAUCUUAAGCAAUCAAUUUUCUCUGGGCUACUGCGUACGCCAUCAUAACCGAAUUUUAGAAUAUGCACAGUUAGUGAAUAUAAGAUUUACAAAGAUAGUCGGAUUUCAGUUUAUGGCGAGUACGAUGGUAAUCUGCUGCAAUUUAUAUCAAUUGACCAAGUCAGCUUUGAGUCCAAGUCAUGUUCCCUUAAUUAUGUAUACAAGUUGCAUGCUGACGCAAAUAUUUAUUUAUUGCUGGUUUGGAAAUAAAGUCAAAUCUAAGAGUCUUCAACUAACAAACAGUAUUUUUCAAAUGGAGUGGCCAAUUUUAGACAAUAGCACUAAAAAGAGUCUCUUGAUAAUUAUGAAGCGUGCAAUGAUACCCAUUGAAAUUUCUACUGUAUAUAUUCUAACUAUAAAUUUGGAUUCUUUUGUCGCGUUGCUUAAAACAUCAUACUCUGUUUAUAAUUUAUUGGUGCGAGUGCAAGAAUAA